AUGCUGCUUGGGAGCAUUUAUUGCGUUUUGACAACCAUGUGGCCAAUUAACAUUCAACACAGAGGUAAAGACCCUGAUCACCAUUACCUUCGCCCACCAAACAGAAAAGAUUUCUUAUAUAUUUCAGAAGUGCAACGCAUGGGUCUUAAUAACAGUAUCCGUUGGCUUAUCAGCUGUGGAGAAUCCAAGAUGAGCAUUAUGAAAAAGACUUGGAGCAAACACUGUGACAAAGCAGAACCCUACAGUAUUAAAAAUGGCAGAUUAAAACUUGAAAAAAAUGACAUGUGAAUGCAGAUGAGGACAACUUAGAAAUAUGUCUUUGAAAAGGUCAGUGACAGCUACAACUGGUUCUUUCUUACAUGUCCCGCUGCAUUUGCGGUCAUUGACAAUUCAGGGUAUUUUCUGUUUACCGGGGCUUUAUCACAACCUUUCUCGUUGGGCCACACUAUACAUGGCAACCUCCAAUACAUGACUGUGGAAGGAGAAAUUGUCCAGUAUAAUCUGGAAGACAGCCUCUUCAGUAAGUCUGAGAAGUGUGCAGCUUGAAGUGUCAUGUGAGAGUUAUGUGAAGAUAUGCAGCCGGCAGUCGGCCUCGAAGAAGCCGGAGUUCUUGCAGAAAAUGCAGAGGACUCUGAAGGAAGAGUUGUAUUUAAUACAAAACAUGCACAUCUUAUUCAAGAGAGCAUGUGUAAUAAUCCUCAGGAAGUAGUACAAGACCGCUCGUCAGACAUGGCUAUUACUUUUAACGGACUGACACCCAAAAAGACGAUAGCGAUGAUGUAUGGUGUGCACUGGCUCAGGGUUCAUUAUUUCAACAGCACACGUGUCUUCUUGCCUCCAAAUGGUUCAGAAAGUGACUGA